AUGAGCGAAUUCGAGCAUUUACGGGUCUUGUUGAACUACGUCCAACGAGUUGGCAACUCUCCCGGCUCUAUUAAUCUUAUUGACGCCGCUGUCCCUUCAGACCCAACCCAACCGCCUCUCUCUACUCCUCUAGCCUACACCUCGUUGCAACCUGCAUCGUUAACGUUGCCAACACCGAGCACCUCAAGUCCGCAACCCAGAUAUCAUCCGUAUAGCGCCAGAUCCCCGCGAAACAUGUCGAGCAACAUCAUCAACGCACACGACGACGAAGACAUGGAAGCGGAUCUGCUGCCCGGCAAUGGUGGGGUGGAUGUGAAUGGUGUUCGACAUUUUUGCGUUGUUUGUGGCGACGAGAGCGAUGGUCUACACUUUGGACAAUACACUUGUCGAGCCUGUAGGUUUGUUUUGGAGCUGCCGAAAAAUUGGGGGCAUUUUGUUGGGUGGAAAAUUUUUUAUAGAGCUUUUUAUAUUACACUAGGCCUAAUGAGGCCUAUUUUUUAUUUUUUUCAUAAAAUGAUAAUACUUUGCUGCACCUGCAAAAACAUGAAUAUAUCAUGUCUUUGAUAUAUUUUAAGAGGCUGUAAAAGCAAAAUCUAUUGAAAAAAUUUGAUCAGCUAGUCAUGUAUGAGCUCUAAUUUAACUUGUAUUUUAGGCGCCGCAUUCUUCCGUCGGACCGUUUCGCUUCGUCUGGAGUACACCUGCAAGCACAAUAACAUGUGUGAAAUCGAAAAAAGUAAGUCAUGCUUCAACCAGCACUACAUUUUUACAACAAAACCCCUAAUUAUACGGCAUAAAGACUAAUUUUCCCGUAUAUAUUGUGCCCUUUGUAUUAAAAUACAAUUCCGAGAACAUUUUGGCCAAGAUUUUGCCAAAUAAAAUUUCUUUUCCCUCGAGGCACACAAAACAUACCUCAACGAGCGGGGUUUUUUUUAUUGCUCUAUAGCACUCGCGUCGACUAAUCACGGGUCUUUUCAGAUGCACGCAACAUGUGCCGUUCAUGCCGCUUCCAAAAGUGCCUCAACAAGGGAAUGCAAACUUCAGGUAAUUUCACACCGUGUUCAAUUGUUUCUCACUUAUUUUUGGAGCACCCGUGGGUCUUGACUUUCGAUUCGAAACCACAGGUUUUGUAGUGUGAGAGAGGGAAUAUGAAAUUUUUGGGGUUUAAUGGUCUUAUCGCAACACAAAAUUCCCUUUGGUCUCGCGGGUUUUCCAGCGGAUUAAGGAGGAGGAAUAUGAAGAAUUGAAAAUAUGAUGACCUCAUUCCUGUUUACAGUCAUUAUUUUUGUCAUCAAACGUCUGGCCAACGUCGCUCGGAAAGUGGGGGCGUCUGCACUGUGCGUAGCCUCGAAAAACGUCGUUUUUGAGACGGAAAAAUCAACGUUUUGAAUAAGCCUUUGAAUAUAGGAUCAUUGAACUUUGCUGAGUGAAAUUUUACACUCCAAAUUUUGGAGUUCUUCGCACAGUGCGGAUGAAAAACGAAAAAGAGGGAAUUUGCACUGUGCGGCGGACAAAAAAAGUGGUUUUUUUGGAAAAAGGGUGGAGUCAAGGCCAAGUCGUUAAUUUUUUGAGGCCACUAUAGUACAUAGAAGGCUUUGUUGUGGGCUAGAGAAUGGUCUUGGCCAAAUUUAUUUUUUAUGGCCAAUUUUCGGAUAUUUUGAAUUUUUGAAAUUUCUCAGAAUUUGACAAUUUUGCCUCGGGCAAAAUAGCGAAAAAAUAGAAGAUUAUGAUAUUACACACUAUGUGGGAUAGUAUUUUGCUGAUUUUUAUAAGAUUUGCCAACAUUUCUUGUCAUCCUUUUAUAUUCUCCAUGCUUCAGCCGUGCAACACGCGCGCGACGGAAUCGGCAAGCGUCGAGAGCCGCAGAAGCGCCCGAAAGAGUCGUUCAGCGACUCCACCGCCUCCCAGCCCACCCCACAGCAGACGGUCAUCGACAACUCGCCCACCACGUCGUCCAUCACGAACGGCUCGCUGAGCUUCGCUUCGACGCCCACUUCCACGGACGGCAACAAGUACUCGCUGGCCUACCAGCCCACCAACAGUGUCACCGGGCUGGCGAAUGCGCUGUAUCAGCAGUACAAUCAGGAGAGCGGCGGGUAUGGGGUGGCGAACACCGACCAGCAGGCCACAAUUUUGCAGCUGGGACAGGGGCUGAAUGUGGAGCAAAGCCCGGUCCCGUACGUCAUGAACAGCUUCGCCAAUGUGGUAAGUGGAUUGGAGAUUUGUUCUAGAGGGGUUACAGUAAUUUUUGAUAGCUUUACAGUCAUCAAAAUAGAUUUUUUUGACGAGAUUUUAGCUUUUUCCUAAAAUUCUAUCAUAUUUUACCCCAAAAUUGAUGAUUUUUCAUUAAAUUUCAUCGAUUUUUAAGCAAAUCUUACUGUAUAAAUCUCUGAAAAUUACUGUAAAGUUAUCUCAAUUCUAUAGCAAAAAAUUUUCCCCCCAAAAUAAUCAACUUUACUAUCAAAAUUUACCUUGGUUGCCCAUUAGGUAUUUGCAAAAAUUUACUUCCAAACAUUCCUCUCACUAAUGGCCAUAAUACUGUUCUAUGUUGCCCUAGCGACCCAAACACCCCUCUAGUUGAUGUCAGACUACAAUGAACUCCCUUCCCUUUACAUCAUUCCUAUUGACAACCGACGAUUACGCAAUAAUAUUUAGUGAACUUCAGCAAGUUUUCGGUAGUGUAGUUUGUUGUCGGCGUUGGAAAGGGUGAUUUAGAGGAAAUUGGGUGGUAAGCGGUGAUUUUAAAAGGGAACUGACUGUAUUUUGGGUUCAAAAUGACAUGGAUAAUAUAAUUUUUGAGCUAAAAUUGGAAAAUAAUGUGGUUUUAUGGCGGAAAAAGGGAGUUUAGGCUUGGAAAAAAUCUAGAACAAGAUUUUUCAAAUUAUAUCCAAGAUUUUCAGCUCAAUAUUUCUCGAAAAAAUUAGAUUUUUUUUGAAAAAAAAUAAAAAAAAAAAAUAUUUUUUGAUCUCAAAUUAAAAAAAUCAUAAUUCAUAACAUAGAAGAAACCUAUCUUCUCAAAAAAUAAUUUUUUCCCAUCGAAAUUGCCGGAGAUAUGCCCAAAACAAAAUUUUUCUCUGACCUUUCUCUGACCGACUCUCCUCAUUUUGCGUGCUCUCUCCGAAAAAUAUCGUUGAAUAUCUCGGCUGCGGGAAGAAAGGGAGAGCUAAUAUUUUCAGGGAUAAAUAUAGAGGUCAUAUAGAUUAUAUAUAGCAAAUUUGAAGGAGAUUAGUAUAGGAUGCCCUAAGGAUAAAUUUAAGAAAAAAUUUUUUUUACUCAAAAAAAUCAUAAAAAUCUUGAUUAAACUUUUUUUUACUGCUGAUAUUUUAUAUGGCCAUAUUUUUUUUUCUUAUUUUUACUCAAAAAAUUUCAUAUAAAAAAUUUCAAUUUUUUCAGAAUCUCCAACAACUGACUCAAGCGGCCGCCCGAACGGCGUUCGCGCAGCCACGCGAAGCGGACAUGAAGCUGCUGAACCGCAUGCUGGAGGGCUACCAGCACUUCCGGAGUCUGCGCAAAGCCUCCUACACGCUGAUCGACGAAACGCCGCGCCUUCAGAAGAAUGUGAGUGUAAAACCGUUCGAUUUUCGCGGAUAUUUCACGGUAAAUACGGCAAGUGGCGCCGAGAUUGCGGUAAUUUCGGCUCCUCAAUUUACCCACAUGUCGCUUGCCAGUUGAUUGUUCAAAUUUCCCCCAAAAUUUUUUGUUUUAUUGAGCUUAAUGUACCAAAAUUUCAGGGCGAUCUUUCGCAGAGCAACUACGACACCAGCAAGAAGCACUGCAAGAUCGAAGCCAGCCUGUUGAUGGACACAGUGGAGAAGUUCUAUCUGCCGUUCGGCACCCUCUCCAAGGAGGAUCAAAACGCCCUCUUCGACAACUUUUUCUGCAACUUUACGAAUGCCGAGCGCUCCUUCCGCUCGUACAAAUUGUUCCCGGCGGGCGAUGACCGUUUGAUCAUGCCGGACGGGGGAUAUGUGAGGCUGAAGGAGCUCACCACGUUCUAUGAGAACAGCAGCAGCAUUAGAGGGGACCCCUCGCAAUUGGCGGGGUAAGAAUUUUUUGUUUUUUAUAUUUUUUAUAUAAUAGUUAUGGGCUUCAAGUACCCCAAAUGCGACACUUAGAUUUUGAUGAAACUAGCUAGUCACAAAUUUAGAAUAUUUUUUUGAUAAAAUAUAUCCGAGAAUCCUAGCUCGCGCUUUGCAGAAACAACCGAGGUUUUUAGAUCAGAAGUCGGCGAAAAUUUGACGAUUUUUGCCGAAUUUUGGCUCGAAAAGUUUCAUGCCGGUUUCUACCGUAAAGGAUAAUGUUUCUACAAAAAAUCAAAUUUUGCCGCACGAAACCGCCAAAGUUAUGGCCAAAAAAUGUUCUUCUCUCUGACCGCUCUCCGCGUUUAGCCUACGCUCUCGGCAGCAAAGAUCGUUCAAUAUCUCGGCGGCUAGUUAGGUCAAUUGUGGGCCCGGGAAAUUUUUCUAGCGAAACUAGCAAAGUUAUGGCCAAGAGUUAUUUUUCUCUCGGACCGCUCUCCGCGUUUAGCGUACUCUCUCGGCGGCAAACGUUGUUCAAUAUUUCGGCGGCGCUUGCAAAGCGCGAGCUAAAACUUUCAGGAAUUGAUAUUUAGUUCAUGACCGACGUGUGUGCAAAAUUAAAGGAAAAUCUGAGUGUCGCACUUGGGGUAGUUUUCUUGUCAAAGGGGGCUCAAAAUGAGACAAAAAUAAUCUUUUGUCACUCCUGUUUCAACUUCAUUCUAGAAGGGCUUAUUUUAGAGCUCAUUUUAAGCAUGAUGACAAUUUUUUUUCAAAUAAAAAAUAAAUAUUUUUCUUUCAGAAUCUUCGAAAACGCCAUGAGCUACAUUGUGAACAUAGUCAUCAACCGUAUGCGAAACUUGGGCAUCAACGAAAUGGAGCUGAUCGCGUUGAGUGGAAUUAUGUUGUGGAAAGACAGUAAGUUUUAAAUACGAUGAGAGUUCAAGUUUUUUGUAACGUCUAAGUUUUAUUUUUUUUAAAAAAAAAUUAGAUUUUUUUUUUUUUUUUUUUUUUUUUUGAGAACUUCCUUUCAAGUUUUCUCCCUAAAUCUCAUCUCCCCCACCUUUUCAGCCGUCCGAGACCUCUCUCCGCAAGCGAUCGCCAUCGUUCACAGCAGCCGCGAACAAAUCAUCCGCGAUCUGCACGCCUACUACAAGUCCAUCGGGGUCUACGACUGCGAUAUCACCAUCAAAGUCGCGAAUCUGAUGCUCAUGUUGCCGGAAAUUGAGCAUGUGGUCAAGUUGAUGCGCGAGAACUAUCAUUUGGCCUCGGUGUUCAACAUCAUUGACCCGCCCACCUGCGGGAAGACGAAAAUCCCCAACUGA